UUAUAAUGGGAUGGAUAAUUAUAAUGAUUGCAAUAAAUGUUUCAGAAAGUGGAAAAAUCUUUAUCAUGUGACUAAUAUCACAGUGUAGUAUCAUGUAUCAAAGUCAAAAUAAAUCAUAAACUCAUUAUGAAGGAUGACCUUUAAUAGUGACGUCAGACAACAUGUAAACACACAGAUGGCAAGACAAAUAUAGAAAUAAUCCAAAAAAUUAUUAUGAAUCUAAUUUUCAUUAAAAUGCUUUCACAUUUUACACUAUCGGAGACAUUUGUAGAUCUAUUUGUGAUCACAGAGGCAAGUGUUGCUAAAGAUGCAACAUCCAGUGAGUGGCGUGGAAUAUUGAAGAUCCUUUUCCUCUCAGUAAGAAAACUCUCCAGGGUUCCAGAUGUCAAAGAUUAGACUUUAUUGAACAAAGCCGAGAUGCCAUCUGAUCAUCUAGCAUCUGAAAUGACACUUCAGAAUCAUGCAUCCUUUAUACAGCUUCUGUUCCACCCCCUCUCUUUGAGUGAUGGCCUCUUCAUCCAAUAAAAUCAUCUCAUGCCCCCUAGUGUCAUCAUCACCAUCUCCCUUCCAGCUGGUCAUCCUGACCCAACUUGCUUCAAUGAUGGCAAAAGCAUAUUUCAUUUUAAAUGCAUAAAACACACUGUAAUCACUUCAUAUGGUUACAUAUUUUAUAUUAACUAACAGUCAUUACUUUCAGCAUGAAUUUGAUUACUAUAUGAAAUGAUUUCCCUUAUUACAGUCAUUAGUUACACACAAUCCUGUAAGAUGGGAAAUGUGUGCACACCCACAUACAUUUGUUUCAUCUCGUUUCUAGCACUAAUUAACGCACAUGUGUCCUCUGACUCUUUCAGACAGGUACCAGACAGUGCCGAACUUUGUUUUAAUUAAAACAUUUGAUCAUUCCUUUAGUAUCAAUACACACAUUUGUUCUGGGUCAUUCACAGAAAGGCUGUAAUUCUCCCUAGAUAAGUUAAGCUACAUUUUUCCAUUGAUUUGCACUUUGAUUAUUAGACUGACUAAAUGAUAAUUAAAUCAAUAAAUGAAUGAUUAAAUAUCUAACAUAUUGAAUAACAUUCAUAAUGCAGUUAUUCAUAGUGCAUUGAUUACACAUUGUCAUUUUUAGAUCAAUGCAUAUUGUAUACAUGUCAAUUCAAUGAUCAAAAAUGGAUUAACUGAAUGAUUAAAUAAAAAUAUUCCACAUGAGCGGCAGUUCUGUGAAUGGAAACGCCUUGUUGAUGAGAGAGGUGAGGCGAGGCGAAUGUGCUACAACAGCAGAAGGCCACGUCAGGUUCCACUUCUGUCAGACAAGAACAGAAAGCAGAGACUGCAGUGGACACAGAAUCAUCAAAACUGGACAGUUAAAGACAGGAAAAACACAGUCUGGUCUGAUGAAUCUCCAUUUCUUCUGAUAUAACAAAUGGUAGUCCCAUUGAAAAAUCCAUAUUGAUCGACCACUAACUGUGACUUGUUGGGCAAUUCCUUUUACACGAGAUGAAGAAAUGAUAUGAAGAGCAGUGGUAAAGUUUCUCUCCAAUAUGGAUUCUCUCAUGUAUUUUCAGGUUCCCUUACGACUUCAGUCCACUUGACAUUGCAUUACUAACGCAUAUGGGGAGUGCCUUCAUACAAGACCUAUUUCAAACCUCUCUACAAUCACGCCAAUAUUAUAAUAUUGGCUAUGGUGUUUGAGCCCCAACUGUUUUGGCGCGAAACUGACCGCUCUUUUCGGCGCGAACUGACCACUAUAAAACAGGUGCACACACACACCAUUUCCUCAGAAUUCUUUCCUUCAAGACAGCGAUUACCUCUUGUCUCGAAGCCCCCUAUCUUCGCCGUCGAUUCACACCAGUCAGCGGACGGAAUCUUCACAGCAGAGAAGAAUCUCCCCUCCCCUGCUCCGGCGAACAUCACUCCGCCUCGCCACUUGACGCAUCCCUGAUGAACGGACCUCAGUAUCCUGAUUCGCCGCAGCGCGUCGGCAGGUGUUCCUUGUGCGAGAGACACAUCCCACCGUCAGACAAGCAUGAGAGCUGCGUUUUCUGUCUGGGCUGCACCCACGCAGAGUCAGCUCUCAUGGAGACAGAUUGUCCUCACUGUGAGGACAUGAGUCUCAAGUCGCUUCGCUCACGAAUCGCCCUCGUUCUGAGGGAUGGUUCAGCCUCUCGCGCCCUCCCACCAGCCUCUUCUGUGAUUCCUGAGGGUUCACACGAGGGGGCACGGCGGGGCCACGAGGUCGAGCAGGAUGAACUUGAGGUGGAUUUCGUGCCAGCACACGCCCCACGAGCCCCUCAAUCUCCACAAAGCGCAUAUUUCCCCAUACGCUAUGUGCGAGAUGAGGUCCGGCUCUCUGAAGCAGCUUGCAGCCUCAUCUAAUUUGGUGGAUCUGACGCUGGGGAUGAUAAGGAUGAUGUCAUGUCUCUCGCUGCAUCAGGUGACUGGUCAAUGGAUGAUGCUACUGCACCCCCCAGCGAGGGCGAGAAUCCUGUGCGCACCACUGACAGGGAGAUGCUUCGCGUCCUUGCAAGGGCGUUCGAAGAACUCAAUCUCAAGUGGUCUCCCCCAGAGGUACCUGGACAGUCUCACCUUGAUGAGUGGUUCUUGCAGUCCGGACGCCGUCAAGCAGCCGCGCCCCGCAGAACUGCCCCGUUCUUCCCUAAGGUGCACAGCGAACUAAGUCCUGGCACGUGCCCCUCUCAGCGCGCACAUGCAGUGACUACGUUCUCACGAACGUGGACCACGGGGAAAAGAACGGCUAUGGUCAACCACCCAAGGUGGAGGCGGCGGUAGCAGCACAUCUCUGCCCAACGAGUAGCGGGGCAUGGAAAUCACGCCCCAUUCAUCCUUCUAAGCAGUGUAGGCAGACGUCCACACUGGCGGGGAUAGCCUACUCAGCGGUAGGACAAGCUGGAUCAGCACUCCAUGCAAUGGCAGUGCUUCAGGUAUUCCAAGCAAAGCUCCUCAGACAAAUGGACGAGCAAGGCUUUGAUCCGGAGACUUUUAAAGAGCAUCGGGCCGCUACAGACUUGGCGCUGCGCCACGAAAGUCAUGGCGCAGGCCAUCGGGAAGUCCAUGGGUAACCUGGUCUGGAAAGGCAUGUAUGGCUGACACUCACGGAGAUGAGUGACAGGGAGAAGACAUCUCUAUUGGCUGCCCCAGUUUCUCCAGCCGGCCUCUUUGGCGGCGCAGUGAGUACAUUUGCUGAGCGCUAAGUCACAACUCAGAAGCAGUCACAAGCCAUAAGGCACUUCAUGCCCAAACGGAGCAUACCGCAGACGGCUCGCCCCCGCUAUGUCUCAUGCCAGCGCCUGGCUAAAAGACGCAUGCCCGCUAACUCAGCCUGCACCGGCCCCCGCUGAGCCACCAGUGAGGCCACGCAUGCCUUAGCCCAAAUGGAAGCAGCCGCAUCAGCGCCCACCUCGCGCCGACAGGAGGAACUCUCCCGCACAGUGGAAGCGCUCCUAACAGGCACAACGCUAUGUAGAGGAAAAUGAAGCCCUCGAUUGGAGACAGAAGGCUCGAUUGGAGACAGAACACUGUUCCCCACCUCCCCACUGCUGUUCGUCGGGAGAGGAAUAUUGCUGUUCACAAUGGUUUAAAUUUUUUUGUUUCUGUGUCAUAUGCAAUACAAAUGCAAUAAAGAAUACAGCACUCAUUGCAAAUGCACAAGAUGCUCAUACAUUCUCAAAAAAGAGACCUUUUCCUCUUCAAAGCACACACAUUAUGCACAACCGCUUCCCUGUGGUAAGCGACGCAUUAUAUCAUACGGUGAGCAAACCAAAGUGCCCUCUGUCCCAUUACGCAGACGCGUGGCGAGCCCUAAUGGGCAUUUCAGAAUAGGUGCAAAAAACGAUCGAACAUGGCUAUAUGAUCUAAUUUGCUCGCCGGCCACCCCGUUUCAACGGUGUUCUGUCUUCCACGGUUUAAUCCAAAGACGCGCCAGUGUUACAAGCCAAAAUACACAAUCUAAUCAUGAAAAAUGCGAUAGAGAUUGUGCCAAAUUGUCAAGCACAAAAAGGGUUUUACAGCCGUUAUUUUCUUGUCCCAAAGAGAGACGGCGGACUUCGGCCAAUCCUGUAUCUGAGACAUUUAAAUCACGCACUUAUAAAGCGCCCAUUCAAAAUGAUUACUCAGAAACAAAUUCUAUCACAUAUACGCCCACACGAUUGGUUUGCGUCGAUAGAUCUGAAGGAUGCGUACUUCCAUAUCCAAAUUGUACAGCACCACAGGAUGUUUUUGAGAUUCGCGGUCGAGGGAACAGCAUAUCAAUUCAAAGUCCUGCCCUUCGGACUGUCUCUGGCUCCUCGCACAUUUACGAAGUGCAACGAUGCAGUGCUCGCCCCUCUGAGACUGAGCGGCGUACGCAUAUUGAACUACCUCAACGAUUGGCUGUUACUAGCACAAUCAGAGGCUCUGUUAUGCCAACACAGAGAUUACUGCUUCAGCAUCUACACAGCUUGGGCCUCAAUGUAAACUGGGCAAAGAGCACGCUCUCUCCCAGCCGAAAUAUCUCCUUUUUGGGAGUCUGCCUCGACUCCACGAGCGUGUGCGCGCACCUCACGAGCGAGUGCGUUCAGGCCAUUCUACAAAGUCUGUCUCAGUUCAAACUGGGGAGAUGACUUCCUCUGAAGCUGUUUCAGAAAGCAUUGGGAUUUAUGCUGGCGGCAUCGGCCGUCAUCCCAUUAGGUCUCUUACACGAGACCACUUCAGUGCUGGCUGAAGCGCUGUGUGCCACAACAUGCUUGGCGCCAAGGGCGCAUGUGUCUCACUAUAUCCCGCCGCUGUAUAGCUGCAUUGGUACCAUGGACAGCUCCUGCAUUUUACCAGCGAGGUGUGGCGCUGGGGCAAAUUAUCAGGCAGAAAGUAGUGACUACAGAUGCUUCCAACACAGGUUGGGGGGAGGUGUGCGAUAGGCGCCCGACUUUUGGCACCUGGACAGGUCCGAGGAGGGCGUGGCAUAUCAACCGCCUAGAACUAUUGGCUGUAAUUCUAGCCUUGAAGUCUUUUCAGUCAGAAAUAGCGAACUGUCAUGUCCUGGUUCGCUCAGAACAUGUCAGUUGUGGCAUAUAUAAACCGCCAUGGUGGAGUUCAUUCACCGCCACUGCCGAGAAUGACACGGCACCUCCUAUGGAGCGAGCGUGAUCUCCUCCCCCUGCGAGCGACAUAUGUCCCAGGCUGCCUGAAUUACGGCGCGGACCUACUGUCACGCCAAGGGGUGAUACCGGGCGAUUGGAGACUUCAUCCUCAGACGGUGUUGAGGAUUUGGGAAAUAUUCGGCAAAGCAGAAAUCAACCUAUUUUCCUCAGUGGAGAAUACCCACUGUCCCCUUUGGUAUUCGAAGUCCCAAGCCCCAUUGGGAACGGAUGCAAUGGCACACAAAUGGCCGGUGAAACGCAAAUACGCGUUUCCUCCGCUAUGCCUAAUCCUCUCUGUCAUAUGCAAAGUCUGGGAGGACAAGGAAACAGUUCUAUUAGUUGUGCCGAGAUGGCCCAACCAGCCAUGUUUUCCAGAAGUGAUAGAGAUGCUGUACAGCCCACCAUGGGAAAUAAAACUGAGGAGGGAUCUCCUCUCUCAGGCGCACAGCACAAUCUGGCAUCCCCAGCCCCAGCUGUGUAACCUGCAUGUGUGUCUGCUGAACUGGGCGCACUACACGCACCAGAACUGACGCAUUCAGUCAUGAACACCAUUUUACAAGCCAGAGCACUGUCCACAAGACGCCUCUGCACAAAAAUGGAAGGUUUUCACUGACUGGUGUCCCUCACGUAGUAAGGACCCAGUAAACUGCCCCAUACAUGAAAUUCUAAUAUUUCUUCAAGAGCGAUUAGACGCAGGACUCACCCAGUCAAUGCUCAAAGUGUAUGUGGCAACUAUAGCUGUGUAUCACGCACAUGAAGCCGGCGCCUCUAUAGGCAAGCAUGAUUUAAUCAUAAAGUUCCUAAAAGGAGCAAGACGAUUAAACCCGCCUCGGCCAGCUACAAUCCCGACUUGUGACCUAACUUUAGUCCUAAAAGCUCUCGCAGGGCCCCCUUUCGAGCCUUUGUACUCUGUUGAUUUGCGCAUGCUUUCCGUUAAGACCACACUACUGCUGGCUCUGGCCUCAGUAAAACGGGUCGGUGAACUACAUGCGUUAUCAGUCGACAAUUCUUGUCUGGAGUUUGGCCCCGGCCUUUCAAGAGCCACUGUCAAACCCAGGAAAGGCUAUGUACUCAAGGUUCUGACCACACCCUUCAAAGCGCAAGUGGUUCACCUCCAGGCAUUCUUCCCUCCCCCAUUUAAUUCGGAUGAGGAACAAUCAUUGCAUUUGUUAUACCCUGUGCGGGCGCUACAUACAUACGUUGAGCGUACUUGCCAGUUCAGACUGUCUGAUCAGCUCUUUAUAUGCUAUGGAGGACGCACAAAAGGAAUGUCCAUCUCCAAGAAAAGACUUUCUCACUGGAUUGUCGAUGCAAUUACACUGGCUUACGAAUCGCAGGGUCAGAAUUGCCCAAUUGGUGUUAAAGCACACUCAACUAGAGGCAUGGCCUCCUCAUGGGCAUGGACGAAUAGUGUGUCCUUACAAGACAUAUGUUUUGCAGCAGGAUGGUCCUCACAAAACACGUUCGCAAGGUUUUACAACAUAGACGUUAACGUCUCUUACUUCACAAGUCCUCUCUGUUUAGAGCACUUGCUAUUCAUUGGCCAUAUAUAUAUAAGAUAGAUAGCCCCCUUUUUAAGUAUGGGCUCUGCAUCAUUUACACAACCGCCUGCAGGCUGUUAUAAUUCCAUAAGUCACAAGCACUUCAUUAUAAAUAAACUCCCUUCCCAGCCGGGUUCAUAAGGAGUAAUUCAUACUAUAUGGCUAUAGCUCAUAUAUUCAUUAUGAGUGCUCUCCUCCUGGCCAUCAUGAGGAUCACUCACUGCUGCAUACUCGUGUCGGUCGUUGUCCGAUAAGACUGUGCCGCCAUGUUUCCACUUUAGGAAGUUAUGUCAUAUAGUGUGGCGUGAUGGGAUUCUGUUCCCCAUAUGCGUUAGUAACGCAAUGUCAAGUGGACUGAAGUCGUAAGGGAAUGUCUCGGUUACGUACAUAACCUUGGUUCCCUGAGACGAAGGGAACGAGACAUUGCGAACGCUAGCCGAACCACAAGACUCAGAGUUCUUGAGGCACGAGCAAUGCGCUCCUUGUUCUCAGUCAGAAAUUCUCAGGAAAUGGUGUGUGUGCACCCGUUUUAUAAUGGUCAGUUUCGCGCCACAACAGUUGAGGCUCAAACACCAUAGCCAAUAUUAGAAUAUUGCCAUUAUUGUAGAGAGGUUUCAAAUAGGUCGUGUAUGAAGGCACUCCCCAUAUGCGUUAGUAACGCAAUGUCUCGUCCCCUUUGUCUCAGGGAACCGAGGUUACGUACGUAACAGAGACGUUUUCUGACAGAGUGAAACUCUUUUUACAG